AACACCGCUGAGACAACCCUAUAGAUAAGCUCAAAGUAAUAUUUGACAUUGAAUACUGAUUGACAUUCCAAAUUUAACAAUAGAUCAAAGUGUCACAAGCCUAGGAAAAAAUUGAACUCGAUUGCUGAAGAAGGAGGCCGAAUUGCGUUACUGCCUGGAUUGGAAUUGAACUACUCAUUUUUGAGCUGCUCAAAAGAAAUACGAGCUGCUGCGAAAAUAGUUUACAUUCGGUCCGAACAAACUCAAAAAUGAGUAACGCUAACCUCAAUCCGAACAUGACUGGUCUUUUAUGUGGAGAUUGUAAACAACAAGAAUCGGAUGAAGAGAAGGUCGUUUUCUGCGACUAUUGCCAGAAUUGGUACCAUUUGGCAUGUCAAAAUGUCGCUGCGGCGAUGAAAUUGGAUGAAACUUGGGCGUGUAAAACAUGCAAGUUCUCAACACUUUCGACGGAGGAAAUUGAACAAGAGGUCGCUAAGUUAUUGGCAGAAAAAGAUCGGCAAGCUGCAGACUUUGCCAAAAGGAUGAAAUUGGUGAAGGAAUGGCAUCAAUUGGAAAAGGAGAAAAAGGCUCAACUAUGGGAGUAUGAAAAAGGUAUUUUGGAGCUGAAACUGUCUACGGAGGAAGAACUUAACCGCGAACGUGAGGCAGAGCGGGAGAAUCUGCAGAAGCGAGUAGAUAAACUUGUAGCUGAAAGAGAGAAUUCGGCUGCGGAACUGCAAAGGUUGACGGAGACCUUUAAGAAGAUUUCAGCUGAAUCUGUCAAGCGGAAGACCAAGAAGAAGAGGAAACGAGCCAGCAGAAAGGACACAAGCUCCGAGUGUUCUUCGAGUGAAUCUACAGAACUGGAGGAGAUGCUCCCGUCCAAGGCUCAGUUAUCAGCCCGUCAAGUCUUCUCGUCGGGGCUUCCAGAGUUUACCGGCAAGCCCGAAGAAUGGCCCGCAUUUAUUUCGAGUUAUGAGCUGUCGACGAAAGCUUGCGGCUAUUCCAACCUCGACAACUUGGCGCGACUUCAAGAUUGUAUUAAGGAACCUGCGCGAACAAUAGUGAACGGCAGCUUGCUGCAACCUCAAUUCGUACCGCAGGUCAUCGAAACGCUCCGGAUGUUUUAUGGGCGACCCGAGCAGUUGCUGAAUUCACUGCUGGCCAAGAUCAAACGAGUCGAGUCUCCAAAGAUAAACAAGCUGGAAACAUUUAUCUCCUUUGGGGUAGCAGUUCGGCAACUGUGCGAUCACAUAGAAGCGUCAAAUCUAAGAGAUCAUCUAGUGAAUCCCAUGCUGAUUCAAGAGCUAGUUGAUAAACUGCCAGCAACAACAAAGCUAGAAUGGGUAAGGUUUAAAAGAUCUCACGAGGAAGUGACAUUACGUACGUUAGCAGAUUUUUUGUCAGAGAUUAUGAAGACUGCAAGUGAGGUCGUUUGUUAUGCAGAUUGUACUGAAAAAGCGCAGCGUACAAUUGUAACAGGAUCAGGGAAAAAUAAGACUAACUUUUCUCAUCAAGGGUUCAUUCAUCUUCAUGAUGAUGUAGACACUUUGUCAGAACAAUCACAAAAAAGAAUUCGUUCACCUUGUCAAAUGUGUGAAAGAACAGAUCAUCGUAUUAGAAAUUGCAAUGAGUUUCGUAAACUUUCAAUCAAUGAACGUUUAAAAUUAGUAGAUGAAUUAGAUCUUUGUCAUCUUUGCUUGAACUCACAUGGCAAUAGUCGUUGCAAAUUAGAUAUUCGCUGUACGGUCAAAAAUUGUGGCCAGGAUCACAAUACUCUGUUACAUGUUAAUCAAGCUGUACUCAAUUUGCACAAAGUUCAAAAGCUUUCGAAAGGUAAUUUCAGUUAUGAACAAAAACUAAAUAGCUGCCAAGACGAUAUGCGCAAACUAUCUGAAAGAUUCAGUCGGCUUCAUCAAGAAUAUGUAGAGAUGAGCAGCGGUGAAGAUGACUAGAGUAAAUCAAGCCACCGCAUGCGCUAGAUUUACUGGUGGGAGUGUAAAAACACCGCUGAGACAACCCUAUAGAUAAGCUCAAAGUAAUAUUUGACAUUGAAUACUGAUUGACAUUCCAAAUUUAACAAUAGAUCAAAGUGUCACAAGCCUAGGAAAAAAUUGAACUCGAUUGCUGAAGAAGGAGGCCGAAUUGCGUUACUGCCUGGAUUGGAAUUGAACUACUCAUGUAAUUAUGAUCAAUUUAAGCAUUAUUGUAUCACAAACUUACUGAAAUCUAAAUAUACCUUACAGUUUUG